UUGUCACUCAUGAGAACGCUUAAGUAAUAACAAAUUUAAACUGCUGUUUUGCCAUCAUGCGAAGGCUGAAUGCAGGCUUUAAUGCUUACCAGUGAGAUACUAUAGCUCUGCAACACAGCUUCAUGCUAUAACGUGUUUCACUAUAAACAUUUGGUGACUGGGGGAGGGAGAAUGAAGCACAGGAGCUGAUCUGAGGUGGGGACUUCCCCAGAGAAUGGCACGUCUGCAAAGCAGUGAAAAAAGGAUAGGGUGUUAUUGCAGCUGCUGGUUUCCAGCCUGAGUGCUGCUGCUGGCACGCAGCUGACAGGAGGGAGGAGAUCAGCCUUUUGCUCUGAAGGGUUGGUGCGUCAGGUUUCCCUGCAGAGCACGUGCAGAUAACCGAGCUGCAAACACUGCUGCUCCGGCCUCAGUAAAGGGAGCUGGGAGAAUGGGGCAGGUGUCCUGGAAGGGUUUAUUCCUAUCGCUUUUUGAUUAUAAAACAGAGAAAUACGUCAUUGCGAAGAACAAGAAGGUUGGGAUUCUCUAUCGAGUGGUGCAGCUCUCCAUCCUGGCGUACCUGGUGGGGUGGGUGUUUGUUGUCAAGAAGGGCUAUCAGGACACGGACACAUCCCUGCAGAGCUCUGUCAUCACCAAGCUGAAAGGGGUAGCGUUCACCAACACCUCGGAGCUGGGAGAGAGGCUGUGGGAUGUUGCAGACUAUGUCAUCCCUCCACAGGGUGAAAACGUCUUCUUUGUCAUGACAAAUUUGAUUGUGACCCCAAACCAGAGACAAACCACGUGUCCUGAGGUAGGAAGAACUGAAUCCUUUGGCUCCCAGACCCCUACAAAACUGGGGAGUGUAAACAUUCCUGAUGCCUUGUGUUACGAGGAUGAAGACUGCCCUGCAGGGCAAGCAGUGGUGGCUGGUAAUGGGGUUAAGACUGGCCGUUGUUUGAAAGACAGGGACAGCAUCAGAGGUUCUUGUGAGAUAUUGGCCUGGUGCCCAGUGGAGAAAAGAUCCAAGCCCAAGAAACCACUUCUCGGCAGUGCAGAAAACUUCACUGUUUUCAUCAAGAACUCGAUCCGGUUCCCCAAGUUUAAAUUCUCCAAGAUGAACGUGCUGGCCACCAACAAUGAGUCCUACCUAAAGACCUGCCGCUACAGCACGGAGCAUCCCUACUGCCCCAUCUUCCUUCUGGGGAACAUUGUCAGAUGGGCUGGGAAUGACUUCCAGGAAAUGGCUUUGGAGGGUGGUGUGAUAGGAAUUCAGAUUGAAUGGAACUGUGAUCUUGAUAAAGCCCCUUCUGAAUGUAAUCCCCACUAUUCUUUUAGCCGUCUGGAUAACAAGUUUGCAGAAAAGUCUGUCUCUUCUGGGUACAAUUUCAGGUUUGCUAAAUAUUACCGGGAUGCUGAAGGGAUUGAGUACCGGACCCUCUUUAAAGCAUAUGGAAUCCGUUUUGAUGUGAUGGUGAAUGGCAAGGCAGGGAAAUUUAACAUCAUUCCCACUGUCAUCAAUAUCGGUUCAGGGCUGGCUCUCAUGGGAGCGGGAGCUUUCUUUUGUGACCUGGUGCUGCUCUAUCUGAUUAAAAAGAGUAACUUCUAUCGAGGCAAAAAGUAUGAGGAAGUAAAGUCCAGCUCCAGGAAGUCAUUAACUAGCCCCACUCUGAAUGGGAGUCAGAGCCCAGACCAGCUUGAUGGGCUCUAGUCAUGGUGAUGGGUCGGUCAACUGGAAUCACGUUCCAGGAAAACUACACAGGUGUGAAAUGACGCUGGGACUGGGAGGCGGAGCUACCCCAGAUCAGAUCUACCAUCUAUUAUUGGGAUUUCCAGAGGAAAAAUGUCCUUUAAAGAACACCCUGUUUUCCCUGAGAUGUUCUCUGGUAUCUCGAGCUUGCAAAGACUGUGUUCAUCACUAUGGAUUUAGAAAAGGAUUUUGUAAGAGGAAAAAGAAGGCUCCAAAUGAAUGUUUUUAUAUCUACUGAUAGAUAUAUCUGUGCCACUGUUAUGCUGUGGCUGUGCUUUGCUUCAAGUGCAAAAGAGAAGUGUUGUGAAACACCGCUGACAUUUUGAGGAGGGUCAUGGCCAACAAUCAACUCUUCUCCUGCUCCGCUGGCUUGCAGCCACAGCUCCCAACUCUCGCUUUUGUUAUGUGCAAGAUUAGAUAUAAAGCAGCAGGACUGCUCUUGUCAGGAAGCGCAACGAAACGCAGCAUUGCAGAAUUACAGCAGCUGUGUCCAGAAGAAAAUGGUUUAUUAUCCUGUACUGCUCAAUUAGUUUUACUGCCCUGUUUUUGUUGUAACCAUCAGAGUUAGGAGCAGUGCUCCUCCAGGGAAAGCCUCUAUAGCUGCUGUAUAACAAGGUGCUCUGCUUGUCUCUCCUGGGAAUGUCCACAGCAGAGUCUGCCACAGCUCUGAAUGGAGAGUCAGUUUCAGCCACAGCUGACUCCCAGCUACCUCAUCUGCCACACAGAUUCUCCAUUUACAGUUAUAUCCAAAUAACCAUUACUUCAGAGGACAGAAAAGAUAACAGCUUGCAGAGGAGUGUUUUAUGGACAGGGAGAGUAUUUUAGUGUACUGAAAAGCAACACAGCUCUGAGCGUGUGCAUGGAGAUGGUCCUCGUUUCUCCUUUCUUGGUUAGUGGCUGGUUUUGUUUGCUAGGAAUUGGUCUUUCUGUGUUGCUCGUGGUGGGCAGAGAUCUGGACAGGCCACUUCACAUUUCUGCCAUUGCUUGAUGUACCUCGGAAGUAUUAGUGGUGCUGUAGAGAUUGAAAAGCAAAACUUGUCAGGUCAAAUAGACUUUGCUGGGUUCUCCCAAAUGUAACAACAGAAGGAAAAAGUAGAAGACAGCCAUCCAUUACUCCAACACUUCAGUAUCUUCCAAGAACCACAGGUGCUUUGUUGUUUCUCAAGAGAAAACUAAGUCACUGCAACCCAUCUUGUGAAUUUAUGCUCAAGUGGGGAUGCGAUUACUCUAAGAGGAGGAAAAUGCUUACAAAAUAAUGUUAUUUUCUUUUAAAGUUUGGAUUUGUUUGAGCUGAUAGGAACCGACUCACUAAGGUGGUAGGUGAAUAUUCCUCUCUUUGAAAUAUCAGCCCUUUCACAAGGUUUAAAGGCCUCCUGCUGCAGUGUCCUUGCAGGGACAGAUGUAGAGAGGAUGGCAUUGCAGGUAGCUGCUGUGAUCUGCUGUUAUACGCAGCUGGAAUCAGCAUGCAACACCUACCUCUGCUUUAACUUCUCAAAAGCAUUUGUUCUGAGCAACAUUUGGGUUUUUUUCCUAAAUGAAAGCUCACCUUUGCUAGAAGUGGCAAACUCCCAGUUCAGCCAUUAAUAGCAAACCCCACGCAGUCCAGUCUGCACUUCCUGCUCCCACUUCUGAGCAGAUGUGAGUGAAGAUCAACUAGUCAAACAUUCAGCUGGGAAAUGGAACUAAACACUGGAGUGACAAGAAUUUAGGGUAAGCUGUGGGCAAAUGGUGCUGAAAUUCUCCUCUCUGACCCAGAACUCUUGACAGAUAUGCAGCACCCUGCAUAUAAUGGACAGAUGACACUAGCCAUGCCAAUGGAAAAGCACAGACCUUUUUAUCAGGGUUUAAUUGUAUUUAAAUAGCUUCUAGAUGGUAAAACACGUAGUAAGCCCCACACGUGACAUCAGGCCAAGGUGCAAAUCAGAGACGUGGCAGCUCACCAUAACACAUAGAGCUGACUGUGCCCAACUAAAGCCAAUGCUUCAAAUUGACAGAACGAUGUCCUUGUUAGACGACCAAAGCUUCUUCCUGAAUUUAAGUCUACAGGGGAUUCAGCAUCCCCAAAACUCACUAGAAUAAAUAUCUCCCUUAGUUUUACCAUUCAGUUGCAGUUAAUAAAACAUAAACAGCUUUCCCCUCAGGAUCUUGUUGGAUAUAUAUAUAUUUUGUGUUUGAAGUACAGCAAUAAGGUUUGUCACAGAAUCACAGAAUGACCCGGGUUGGAAGGGACCUCAAGGAUCAUGUAGUUCCAACCCCCUGCCUGGCAGGGCCACCAAACAUACACAUUUUUUGUCACUUCGGGGCAGUGCUCUGUUAAGACUCUGUUGUAAAACAAGUUAUUGAGGUUACAGAUGCCAGCUUCCUUUGUGAUACAGGCUUAUGCAGAACAACUCAAAGUUCAGAACGUAUUUCAAUAGCGCAGGUGUCUAAAGACAUCAGUUAAUGUGCAAAAAGCAGCAGAUGGCAUGAAAAAGCAAAAACUAAUGUACUAAUGAAGGAGUUAAAACACUGACUCUCAUUUCUUCCCCCAAAAAGAAACAUGAGUGAGGCAAUGCUUACAGUACCAACUCCCCCCCUUCCCCUUUGUACAACCCUGUUUUACCAGAACUUUGUUUUUCUGUAAAAUAAUUUUGAAUACAGAACCUGAUGUUGUCAGAUCUUUGUAUAACACACAGGUCAUAUUUUAUAGCGUUCUGGUAAAGCAGUGACAGACCCAAAGAGGAGAUGGCACCAGGUGUGGUUGUAGAAUACUUGACAAAACCCCCUCCUUGUACAAGCGUUUGCCUUUCAUCUGAAAGCAGCGAGCACUAAACAGCGUUUGAGCAGCUCCAGAGCAAAGUGUGUGAACUGCUCUAGAAGGUGAUCAGACAGAGCACAACGGGAACAGCUGCAGAAAAUACCAGUGGCUGUAGCAAGUGGGUUCAGCACAGACUGAGCUGCAGGUAAUCAGACACUGGGUGUAUUUGGGUGCCUGUAUUUCACUGGACACAAUGAUAUUAAAACACUGAUUGACUUGGAAGAGCAUGACUUAGUGACUUCUGUACGUGCAGUGAGGAGCAUCCGUGACAAUGUCAUUUAUUUAUAGUGUGAACAUACAGCAACUGUGGGGGUUAACGUUUACACUCGCAUUUCAAAUACAUCUGUACCAAACCUUUGCAUACAUUUCAUUACAUGCUACCGUGAAA